AUGCUUGGAUUAACUGGAUCAUGUUUAUCAAAAGAAUUUUUUGAUUUGGCCAAAUCUAUAGGAGAAACUCGUUCUAAACAGGAGGAAGAUAGGAUUAUUUGUAAUGAAAUUGUUUUAUUAAAAUCAAGAUUUUCUGAACCUAAUGCAUCAGUCAAACAAAUAAAAGAAUAUUUAAUAAGAGCUAUUUAUAUUGAAAUGCUAGGUCAUGAUGCUUCAUUUGCUUAUAUUCAUGCAGUUAAAUUAGCUCAUGAAAAAAAUAUUUUAUGUAAAAGAACUGGUUAUUUGGCUUGUAAUUUAUUUUUAAAUAAAGAUCAUGAAUUAAUGUUGUUACUAAUUAACACAAUUCAAAAAGAUUUAAAAAGUGAUAAUCAUUUAGAAAUAUGGGCAGCCUUAAAUUGUGUGUGCAAAUUAUUGAAUAAUGAAAUGAUACCAGCUAUUUUUCCAAUUAUUAAAAAUUUAUUAAAUCAUAAAAAUGAAUUAAUAAGAAAAAAGGUAUGUAUGUUAUUACAUAGAAUAUAUUUAAUAGAUCCUUCAUUAAUUAAAGAAAUAGACAAUUUUUUAAAAAAAUUAUUGUGUGAUAUAGAUCCUUCAGUUAUGGGUGCUUCGUUAAAUUUAAUUUCAUGCAUUGCUAAAAAUGAUAUAACUUAUUGUAUUAAAUUGGUACCUUAUUUAGUAUCUAUACUAAAACAAAUUUGUGAAAAUAAAUUACCAAGAGAUUAUGAUUAUCACAGAAUACCAGCACCAUGGAUACAAAUAAAAAUUUUGUCAAUUUUUCGAAUUUUAGGAUAUUCAAAUAAAAAAUUAUCUGAACAGAUGUAUGAAGUAUUGCAAAAAACUAUGCAGAGAGCUGAUUUUGGUAUAAAUGUUGGUUAUGCCAUUAUUUAUGAAUGUGUUAAAACUAUUGCAACAAUAUAUCCAUCCCAUCAUUUAUUAGAAUUAGCUUCUUUAUCUAUUUCUAGAUUUAUUUCAUCAGAUAAUCAUAAUCUCAAGUAUGUAGGAGUAACAGGAUUAGCUUUAAUAGUAAAAAUUAAUCCUGCUUAUGCAAGCGAGCAUCAAUUAGCCGUAGUAGAUUGUUUAGAAGAUAAAGAUGAAACACUUAAAAUGAAAACGUUAGAUUUACUAUAUCAGAUGACUAACCCUUUAAAUGUUCAAGUUAUAGUUGAAAAGUUAUUAUUUUAUAUGAAUAAUUCUCUUGAUAUUCAUUUUAAACAUGAUUUAGCUUGUAAAAUUAUUCAAUUAAUCGAAAGAUAUACACCAGAUGAUAUAUGGUUUUUAAAUAAAAUUAAUUCUGUGUUUUUAUCGGUAGGUGAAUUACUAGACGAAAAUUAUUCAUAUUCUAUUAUUAAAUUAUUAAAAGAUAGUCCUAUUUGUUUGGAUUCAGAUUCAAGUGAUGAAAUUAUUAGAAAUGAAGAAAAUAACGAAAAUAAUAAUUCUAACAAUGUGAAUAUUGAAAAUUUGAAUAUUGAAGAUAUAGAAAAUAAAAAUAUUAUUAAUAAGGAAAAUUCUUUAUAUGAUAUGGAUAAUAAUAAUAAUAAUAAUAAUAGUAAUCCAAAUGAAGAAUUAAAUAAUAUAAAUAAUGAUAUUAAUGCUAUUGAUCAUAUUAAAAGAGAUCAUAUAAAUGACUUAAAGAAUGAUUCUAUAAAUAAAGAGGGUAAUGAUUUGAAUAAUGAGAAAAAUUAUGUAGAUAAUAAAAAUAAUAAGAAUAUAGCAAAUAACAAUAAAAGUUAUCAAUCUAAAGAAAGCAAUAACAAUAUACAAAUAAACGAAUCAAAAGAAAAAAAAAAAAUUAAUGAUGAUAUAGACAAUUUAAGAAAAUAUGCUGUUAAUACAUAUAUAAGAUUAUUAGAAAAUAAUGAAAAUAUUCCAUUUAUUUUAAUGCAAAUUAUAUGUUGGGUAUUAGGUGAAUAUAGUUAUUUAUGCGAUUUAGAAAAUUAUACUGCAGAAGAUAUUAUAGAUUUAUUGUGUGAAUGUUUAGAAAAAAAUUUUAACAAUGCAAAUAGAGUAAAAUCAUGUAUAAUAACAGCUAUUUUUAAAUUAUGUUGUUUUAAUAAUAUAACUGAUCAUGUAGUAGCAAAAAAAUUAAUUGAAAAAUAUAAAAAUAGUCAACUAACUGAUAUGCAACAAAGAUGUUAUGAAUAUGAUUUAAUUUUAAAAAAUCCUACUUUAAUGAAAAAUUUAUUUUCUGUUGACAGUAAGCAAAAUAUAGUUGUCGAUGAAAAUUUAUCUUUUUUAAAUCCAUUCAUAGAAAAACAUUUGAGAAAUGGAGGAAAAUCUUAUAUAGAAAAAGAUUUAAGAAAAAAUGCAAUACAAUUUGAAACUUCAAAAAAUAAUAUUCCUGUACUAAAUUUUACUCCAUAUGAAGUUCCAGUUAAUAAUAACUUUCAUUUAGACAAUUUGAAUGUUUGUUGUAACAAUUCUACAUAUGAAAAAAAUUAUAACUAUGAUCCAUCUCUUAAUAUGUCUAAAACUGAUAGUAUUGAUAAUAUAAAGGAAAAAGAAAAACCUUUUAAACUUAAUGUAAUAGGACCAAAAAAAUGGAGAAAAAAGGUAGUUAAAAAUGAAGAAAAAAAAAAUAACAAAAAAAAAAAAAAAAAAAAAAAAAAAAAAAAAAAAAAAAAAAAAAAUGAAAAUAACUAUAAUAAAUAUAAUAAUAUUAUGGAAUCAAAAAAAAGAUUAGAAGAUAUUGAAGUAGAAAAUAAAUUACCAAAAAAUAUUAAUACAGAAGAAGACGAAGAUAAUUAUUACGAUGAAGAAAAUGAAGAUGAAGAAGAAAUUGAAGAAGAAGAAGAAGAGGAAGAAGAAGAAGAAGGAGAGGAAGAUGAAGAUGAUGAUGAUGAUACAAAAGAAGGAAUUGAAAAUGAAAAAAAAAUGGAUAGUAUAGAAAAUUAUAAAAAUUACGAAAGAUUUGAUGAAAAAAAUAUUGAUCAUUUAAAAGAAUAUGAAUAUCAAAUUGAUAAUCAUGAGAGUAAUAUAUAUGAGUAUAAAAACUCAUUUAAAUUAAAAAAAGAUUAUACAAAUAAUAAAGCACAUAACCAUGAAUUAACAGAAAAGGAAAAGAUGGCAGCUGCUUUAUUUAAUGGCUUGAUAUCGAAUAAUUCAUCAGAAAGUAAUACAAGAAACUAUUUUGUUUCCAGUUUUUCAGCUAAAAAAGGUAUAUCAGGAUUAUCAAAUAGAAAUUAUUUUAAAAAUAAAUGUGAUAAUAAGGAUGGUGAAAACAAAACAAAUUCUACGAAAAGAAUUUUAGAAAAUAUUCAAAGUAAAGGUGAUGCAAUAAAUCAAAAUGAACAAAUGAAAAAUUCUUCUAAUAUAAUGGAUAAUAAUAUAAAUAAAUCAGAAGACAUUAAAAGGAAACCCUUUUCUUUUGAUAUGUUAGAUUUAAAUGAAUCAUCACAAAACAUGGAUGAAACAUAUGAAAGUAAAACAGAUAUUGAAGAGGAUAAAAAUCAAUGGGAUAAUAUUAGUAUUCAGAAAAGAGCUGUUUUUUUAAACACUUCGAAAUUAAAUAUAUUUCAAGCUAUUAAAAAAAUUGAGAAUAAUUUGGAUGCUAAAAUAGUAGAAGUGUCUGAAAAAGAUGCAUUUACUUCAUGCAUAUAUCGCAAAUGUAAAGUUUUAAUAAAAAUAAAAUUAGAUAAUAAUAAAUUAAUUUUUUUAGUAAAAUCCGCUGAAAACACCAUAAUUGACAGCAUUCUUGACAAUCUAAGAAGUUUGUUUUAUACCUAA